GCCAACUGUGGUCAAUGAAGAAGACGUAAUAGCUACGUUGCCACAGGCGCGAGAGUCUCCGAACAUGGACGAGAGAGUGGAGCACAAUGGACUACAGCAGCAAUGCCUCUUCCCAGAAUGAUGCUGGUGGUGACGGGAGAUGAUUUUGGCUACUGUUCCAGGAGGAAUCAAGGCAUUGUGGACUGUUUCCAGGCUGGAGGCAUUUCUAAUGUGUCACUGUUGGUUAAUGCCUCUGCUGCCAAGGAAGCAGCAGAACUGGCGCAAAGACACAACAUCCCCAUCGGCCUCCAUGCAAACCUGUCAGAGGGCGUGCCCGUGUGUCCAAGCCUGCGACAAGCCUCCACUCUGGUCAACCCGCAGGGCUUCUUUCAUGGGAAGAUGGGCGUCCGCCAUGUCCUCCAGAGAGGCCAGCUCAGCAUGGAACAGGUGGAAUUGGAGUUGAGGGCACAGGUCAGGCUGUUUCAAGAUUUGACAGGUCACUUGCCCUACCACAUGGACGGCCACCAACACGUGCACAUACUGCCAGAAGUGCGUGAAGUGUUUGCGCAGGUUCUGUCUGAUCUCAGGAUUCCAUACACCCGUGUUCCAGUGGAGCCGAGUGUACACAGCUGCACAUGGCUGCCCCCACACCUACGGAGUUUUUACAUGCAAGUAGAGAAGGACGCUCUGGACUCCAUCCCUGUCUUCAGACGCUAUGGAAUCAGGUGGCCAGAUGUGUACCUUGGACUGAGCACGAUGGGCCAGAACAUGUCCAUCCACAACUUGAAGAGGGCCCUCCAGCGUGCCCUGGCUGCAGGGUCCUCAGACAACACCUCAUCCACCACAUCCAGACCCGUUGACCCGAUAGUAACAGCAGAACUGAUGGUCCACCCAGGAUACCCCAGUGAUCCUCAUGAAGGUGGCUGUGGAGAAGGUCCUGAUGACUUCUCAUGUUCAGUUGACCGACUGCAUGAAGUCAAUGUGCUCAGAGACCCAAACCUCCUUGCUUUCUACAGGCAGUACAGAAUACAGCUAUGUACCUUUAAGGACUUGUAAGCAACCAUUAAUCUGAAUCCAUCCACAACUCCAUGUACCAUGUGACAACUCUCACUUUAUUAGGUAAAAUAUUUAGUCACACUCACUUGACAGAAACUCAAUGGAUUUCAGCAUAUACCGUAUUUGGGCCCAGGGCAAACAUCCUCCCCCCGCCUGCAUCAGACACUCAAAGCGCUUUACAAUAAUGCCUCACAUUCACCCCAAUGUGAGGGUGCUGCCAUACAAGGUGCUCACUACACACUGGGAGCAACUAGGGGAUUAAGGA